CUCAGUUGAAGGCAAGCGUCCUUUAUCAGGUCCUUGCAGCCUCCAGCUCUCCUGCAGUGCCUUCAGCCCUUGACACCAACAUGAGGUUCAAGUUCUCGGCCAUCGCUCUUCUUCUAGAAGUGGUCUUCAUCAUUUUGUUUGGGCUAUUUGUGGAGUAUAACCCUGGGACCACCGACUUGUAUCCGUUCUUUAAGGACGUCCAUGUGAUGAUAUUUAUUGGAUUUGGUUUCCUGAUGACCUUUCUGAAGAAAUAUGGAUUCACCAGUGUUGGUAUCAACAUGCUCAUUGCUGCCUUUGGUCUUCAGUGGGGCACUCUAAUGCAAGGAUUUUUGCACAAGGGUGAAGGACAGAAAAUUCCUGUUGACAUCAAAAGCAUGAUAAAUGCAGACUUCAGCACAGCAACUGCUUUGAUUUCAUUUGGAGCAGUCCUGGGGAAAACCAACCCUGUUCAGAUGCUCCUCCUGACGUUUUUGGAGAUCGCAGUCUUUGCAGCCAAUGAAUAUCUAGUUACGGAAAUAUUUAAGGCCACAGAUAUUGGAGCCUCAAUGACCAUCCAUGCCUUUGGAGCUUAUUUUGGUUUGGCUGUAACGCUCAUCUUGUAUCGUCCUGGCUUGAAAAACAAGCAUGAAAAUGAGGAAUCUACCUAUCACUCAGACAUAUUUGCCAUGAUCGGUACCCUGUUCCUUUGGCUUUUUUGGCCCAGUUUUAAUUCUGCAAUUGCAGAUGAAAGUGACAAGAUUAAAACAAUUAUCAACACUUACUACGCCCUGGCAGCAUGUACUGUUAUAACAUUUCUCCUCUCCAGCCUGCUGGACGAAAGAGGCAAAUUCAGUAUGGUUCUCAUUCAAAAUGCCACCCUGGCAGGAGGAGUAGCAGUGGGUACCUGUGCUGACCUGACAAUAUACCCUUUUGUUGCUAUGUGUAUUGGGAGCAUCGCUGGGAUCGUCUCUGUCCUUGGGUUCCGCUUCCUGACUCCUGUUUUGGCAUCCAAGCUGAAAAUUCAAGACACAUGUGGAGUCCAUAAUUUACAUGGCUUACCUGGAAUACUGGGAGGCAUUGCUGGCAUCAUAGUAACUGCAGUACAAUCUGAAACUAAGAGAGGUGUCCAACUUACUGCUGGCAAUCAGGCUGCUGCCUUGGGCAGCACAAUUGGAAUUGCACUGCUUGGUGGAGCACUGACAGGUGCUAUUCUAAAGCUGCCCAUCUGGGGACAGGUAUCUGACCAGAACUGCUUUGAUGACUCUGCUUAUUGGGAGGUUCCAGAAGAAGAGAAGCUGCAUGAAAUUAAUUCCAACAACUAUAAUGAGCACAGCAGAAUUGAAGCUAUCAUGUAGAAAAACAUAUGUAUGUCCUUAUGAUGCUCUUUUCUGUUUCCAGUGCUAAAAACCAACACCCCAAAAUUUUUCUAACCACCAAUAUCUUCCAGAAGGAGCUGUAGGUAGCUAUAUUUCUGUAAUAUUUUAAAAAAAGUUUGAUUUUAGCAUAAAAUAUCAUUAUGUCAGGCUCAGGAGAACCAAUUUGAUCUUCCCAACAUGUUUGUUCUUUUGGAAUGAGGAUCACUAAAAUCUAUAAAGAUUCUGACUCCAACCUUCCCUCCAUCAACCAAACAGGUGAGCUUAUCGUAGAAGGAAAUGAAAUUUCCAAGUCAGGACUUUCCCCCGAUGAACCCAUGCUGACAAGGGCUUAGUUAUCAGAUUGAAGGGGAAGAUUGUAAUGCAAAAUAGCACAGAAGAUUAUUCCUAUUCUGCUCGUGUAUUUUUUCCUCAGAAAACUUUAUAAAGAUACUAGGUAUAGCUAAAUUCCUAUCCGAGAAUUCAGGAGCUCAUUUAUUCACAUGUACCCAUGAGUUAAUUGCACUGAGAGCUGACUGCAAAGAAAUGCCUCAGUGAGUAAUAACUACUUACUGUGAGGAAAUCCCCCAGAAUGGUCCCCACAGGAGUUAUGUUUUGCUCAUUGAAACAAAUGGAAAAAAAAUAAACUUUAUGCUUUUGUUGUCCAGUUCUCACAAUCUUUCUGUAGCAAACCAGGCACUAACCUGCUCUUUCAUAACCUCUGUUGUCAGAUGAGGGAUUACCUCUUCAGGCUCCCUCAAAAACUAGAUCAGAGAGAUGGGCCGUUCUACAUGGAAAUUUAUUCCACCUAACCCAGCUGUUGUUUUCUGGAAAGUCCUUGUUUCUUUUAGACAAAGAAGAACCCUAGAAGCCUAGGUUAGCCUAGGAAACUGUGUAAGAUGGCUUAUAAUGUUAUUAAAUAUAUAUUUUGAUGCAGUGAGGUGGUAACUAUUUAGGAUAAGUGUUCCCCUAAACCCUGAAAACAUCAAGAUGAUGGAAAAAGAACCAACAAACUUUCAUUAGCAUGGAGGAAGCAGGGCAAAACAUCAACAAUAUCGAUAAAGGUCACCUGCGUUGAACUUGAUGUCGCAGUUAUGAGUGGGAGGAUGUAUCCUGCAGGAAAAAGCUAUUCAUAGCCCAUCACCCUUAUCUGUAAUAAACCCACACUACUCAGCUCACUCACCACCUGCUGGCACUGCAGGAGCCAGAGACCUACUGGAAGGAACCAGCAGGGCUGAGCAGGCAAGAACAGUGGAGUUUGGGGUUUUAUUUCCUUCUCCCAUUGCAUUUCUAGAGACACCUCCAGUCCCACAGCAUCCUUCCAAUAGCCUGGCAAGUCUUGUACAUGCAGGGAAAUGCUGUACAUGUUUUGAAAUUCUGCACAGAUAUAACCCUUGACCAUCUGUAAGUAAAAAACUCAGAAUCACCAUUUCUUUUCAUAACCUAAGAGUCAGUAUUGUCCCUUGUUAAUAAUUAAAUCUUAUCUGUGUCUGGAA